AAAAAAGUUAGGAAGAACUUCAGAGAGAAAAAAAAGUUUGGGGAGUGAAAGCGCAGUGAUUUUUUUUCCUCCAGAAGUUGCUUUGCAGAUGUCUCUGAAAUCCGUGCUGCGUUCACUGGAGAAGAUCUCCAGCUUUCUUGCAUCUUAAACUUCUUUAUUUUGUGUUUGGAAAGUUUUAUUCCUGGAAGUUUUUGGAAUUUUUUUUUUCGAGAUCGGGAAAGUUGGGGAAGAUAUGCGCGUUUCCAGACUGGUCAGUGUCUCCUGGCCAAGCGGAAAACUAUUUCUUUUCUCCAGGCUUGGAUAGCGAGAUCACUGCAGGGUUUGGAUCAGUAAUCGAGACCCGCUGAUGAGUUUAGAGCCGCUCCGAGUCACGCAGUUCGGACUUCCUGCGCUCAUUUGACGCGUCUUUCGGCGCAAAUAAGUGAUUACUCUGCUUUUUUUUAACCUUUUUGGGGACUUUGCUUUUUUUAAUUCGAAAUCAUGGACCCGAGUCAGCACAACCCCCCCGCAGGACACCAGGUGGUCCACGUCCGUGGAGACUCCGAGACCGAUCUGGAGGCGCUUUUUAACGCGGUGAUGAACCCCAAAGGCGCCGCUGUGCCUCCAUCUGUCCCCAUGAGGAUGAGGAAGCUGCCAGACUCCUUCUUCAAACCACCCGAGCCCAAAUCCCACUCCAGACAGGCGAGCACAGAUGCAGGCACAGCUGGUACACUCACUCCACAGCACAUCAGAGCGCACUCCUCGCCUGCUUCCCUGCAGCUGAGCGCCGUCACUUCAGGCUCCAUGAGUACCCUGACCCCAGCAGGCACCUCCCCUCAGCACCUGCGCCAGCCCUCGUACGAGAUCUCAGAUGAUGUGCCCCUGCCUCCAGGCUGGGAGAUGGCUAAAACUCCGUCUGGCCAGCGAUACUUCCUUAACCACCUUGACCAGUCUACAACCUGGCAGGACCCUCGUAAGGCCAUUCUCCAGAUGAACCAGACAAACUCAGCCAGCCCCGUCCCUGUGCAGCAGCAAAACCUCCUGAACCCAGCCACAGGUCCUCUUCCUGAAGGCUGGGAGCAGGCCAUCACAGCAGAGGGAGAGAUCUACUACAUCAACCACAAGAAUAAAACCACGUCCUGGCUGGACCCAAGGCUCGACCCACGCUAUGCUCUGAACCAGCAACGAAUUACCCAGAGUGCUCCUGUAAAGCCAGGCACCCAGCUCCCCUCCAGUCCCCAGAACCCAACCAUCAUGGGUGGUAACAACCAGAUGAGACUGCAGCAGCUACAGCUGGAGAAAGAGAGAUUGAGGCUUAAACACCAGGAGCUGCUCCGCCCGAGACCGCAGGAGCUGGCUUUGAGGAACCAGCUGCCCUCCAGCAUGGAGCAGGACAGUGGCACUCAGAACACGGUUUCAUCCCCUGGCAUGGGACAGGACGGCCGCAGCAUGACCACCAACAGCUCAGACCCCUUCCUCAACAGUGGGACGUAUCACUCCAGAGAUGAGAGCACAGACAGUGGCCUGAGCAUGAGCAGCUACAGCGUCCCCCGCACUCCAGACGACUUCCUGAACAGUGUAGAUGAGAUGGAGACAAGUGACUCCCUCGGCCCUGCAUCCUUGGCGACCCAGCCGAGCCGUUUCCCAAACUACCUAGAUGAAAUCCCAGGCACCGAUGUAGACUUGGGCACCCUGGAGGGCGAGAGCAUGGCGGUCGAGGGCGAAGAGCUGAUGCCGAGCCUGCAGGAGGCGCUGAGCUCCGACAUCCUGAACGACAUGGAAUCCGUGCUGGCUGCGACCAAGAUCGACAAAGAGAGCUUUCUGACCUGGCUAUAGAUCAGCUUUAACACACACUAUGCCUCCACUCUCUUCACAACAAACUGCUGCCUAGGCCAAUCUGUGAAGGAUGUGUAGACGCUUUGAGGGCUUUUUUGUGUGUGUUUUUUUUGUUUUUUUUUUAUUGACAUUUUACUCCCUUAGACUUUGAUUGGGGUUCUUUUUUUUCUUUCUUUUCUUCUUUUUUUCACUCACGUUACACAUUAAUCACGGCUGGACUGGUUUCUUUGAGGGCUUUUCGCCCAGAAUAUAUAUAAACCACACAUGGCCUAACUGGUUUUAAAUCAUAUUUUCAUUUUUCUUUUUUUCUCUUACCCAUUCCCUUUUUUAAUGUCUGCAUCCUCAAGGCUGGCCCAUGAACAGACAAUUAUUCACCCUUUCCUAUUGAAUGGCUUUGACAAAGUGUUGAACCCUCAUCGCUCUCCUAUACGACCUCCUCCUCUGCCUCGCCCGCAGCCUAAACUACAGUUUCCCCGUCUUUACCUUAUUUCACUACGAGCCUGGCAAACCAAAAACACUCACGAGGGCUGCUUGCAAGUAUGUGGAUCAUGAGGAGAUCUCUGAGCUUGAGUUCUUGAGGGUUGAACCUGUUGCUUUAGGAAGGCAGAUCCCCCUGCUCGGCUGUGCCAGCAUAUCAAACACUAAUCGAUACAAGUGCCUUCGGUUUGAUCUCUUAGUGCAGCAGAUAAAAACACUACUUUGCUUUUAUUGUUUUUGUUUUUUUUUCUUAUUUUUAACACUAUAUAUUACCGAACAAUUCUGAUCGCCUUUUUUCUAUUUACAGGUUUCAGUAAUCGAAAGUGUAUUUUAAAGUUUAUAUAAAAAUGCAUUUUUUGUUGGAUUUUUAUCAACUCUAGCCUCAGUCUUAUUUAAGACUGAUUUUUUGUUUGUUUGUUUGUUUGUUCAUUUAUUCUCAUGAUAAACUGGCUUAUCAUCUAACAUGGUUGCUUUCCAGCAUGCCGACACUGUUUAAUCACUGCAGAAUAGAUGGAAUUGAUUACCUGGUAAUCAGCAGAAAUGAUCAAAGUAGAUUCAGCUUUUUUUUGUUUUUGUAUGGUAAUAUGUAGGUUUUCAAUCAUUAUAAAUGUAAUUUUUUUGCCUAUUCAGUGACCAUAUCGUUCAAAAGCAGGGCUCAGAAAGUUUUUGAUGACCGGAUAAGGAUACGUGUGUAUGGACGCUCGUACGGUGUUGAAGUGAUUGAAACGAUGGGUUUGUUAUGUUUCCAGUUGGAUAAUAAGCACGUUUUGAGGGUUUGCGGUUUAGAGCAGGGCAUAGCUGGUACUCGGUUUGGAAAUCAUGAUUAAGAACGAUUAGCGUGGUAGAUUUUACUGGGAAAAAAAAACAAAAAACAAUCAGCAAUAACGUGUCGUCUUUUUUUUUUUUCUUUUCUUUGUUUUUUUUCCUUGUGACGAGGCUUCCAAAGAGUUUGAUUUUUUUUUUUUUUCCUUUAAGAAACAAAGUAAUUUAUCCUUAUUCUUUGUGUGUAUACAUGUAGCAUAAGCUAAUGAGAGAAUAUCCAGCUGAUGAUUAGUCAGUGGAUAUGUGAUGACAGUCACAAGUCUCCCAUACUAGACCCUCGAAGAGCAAAUUACCAAGAGCAGCCUUGUUGUUUACAUUGUUGCAGAGCGAUAGUACACUACAGAUGUUAGAUGCUUUAUAUAGAGACAUAAUGUUUACAAGAUUAUUAGCCGGCCUACACUACGCAGAGACGACGCUCCUACACUUUGAAUGUGAUUUUUUUAUUUUUUUCGAAAAGUUAAGCUCAUGAAAUGAUGAAAAAAUUAUUCGAUUAUCGGCACGGACAAGACGUGCAGAGAGCAGCUCAUACGAAGUAUUUUGAAUUUUCAACAUGAUGUAAAACGAUCAAAUUGUCACUUCCCUUGCAUUCCAUUUAUGAAGCAGCUGCCGAAGUGGGCAAAUUUUUGUAUUUUUUAUAGGGGGAUCUCCUAUAAUCUCCUUAGGGUUCACAUUUGGAACGUCUAAUUUCACAAAACUGUCCUAAUGUUGGAUAUCCUGAUCAAAUAUAAGAAUAUGUUAGAAUAUAUGAACAUCAGCCCCUGCCUUAUGUGAACAACGAUCAAAAAACUGUGAUCAAACUAUGCCGCAGUAAUAUUAAGGGAAAAAAAGACCUUAGUAGUAUGUUUUAGAAUAGAAUCUAUUUUUACAGAAGUAUGCUCGGAAUAAACAGUGUUUGAUAGCGAUGCAACAAAACGAAAUCGUUUUUAAUGAAUUGUUGGUACAGUGCUGAUAUUGCAUGUUUAACAGGACAUUGCUUCUAAUGUGCAUCACCUAAACAUGAUUUUAUGUGUAGUUAGUGUGCAACUGAAUAUAUAAUAACCUUUUUUUUUUUGUAGCGGUAGUACUAAUCACUCAAGUUAAAGGAUUGGUAUUUAGAUAUCUCUAAGUGCACACAGAAUGAAUUUAUAUCCAUUUAUUAUGAUCUGUUUUCUUUCUUUUUUUCUUUUUUUUUUUUAAAUAGAUUUAUGUGCAUGUAUCUUAGAAUCUUAUGUUCUGUUACAUUCUAUCCCUUUGCAUAAUACUUUAAAACAAAUGGGCCUGUAAUAAAAAAUAUAUAUUCUUUGUUGUA